AUGGGCAUUUUACCCUCUAAAACACGUCUUGCCUUUAAAUGUUCAUUUACACAAUUAGAAUGGUGCACGGCCGACCCGAACCUCUCCUGCCCGGAGGAACUGCGGGUGACAACGAGCGGAGGCGUUGUGGUGGCAUGCAAGAGCGUGCGCCUUGCUUUCAACGCCAAGGAGUACUGUUGUACCGGAGCGUACAAUAGUCCGCAGCUGUGCAAGCCCACCGCUUACUCCCGGUUCUUCAAGACCGGUUGCCCGAGCGCUUACAGCUAUGCGUUCGAUGAUGGCAGCCUCUUUACUUGCAUUGGGAGAUACUACGUUAUCCAGUUCUGCUAG